AUGCACCAACAUCUUGCCGCUGCACUCGAGCAGCAAUAUGCGAAUGUCAAGCUCCAGUACCCAGAAGAGGGCCGUCGGAAACGGAUCCUCCACGUACUCGCACAUCUGUGGGGUCCCCUUAAGCUUGCAGCGACGCCCCCCUCCGAGUCUCUGCAUGGUCCAUCCUCAACCUCGACUACUAUCCAGGACUUUGACCCCAUGGAUCAUCUAUUGGAUGAUGAAGAGUUAGGCGUAGUAAUCAGAACAGAUUACUCCAACGAAGACGCUUGGAAUAAUUUCGUGAAGAAACUUCGACAAUCUGAAGUGGAAUUUGUCGAGAGCACCCAAGAACCAGAGGCAGAUACAGAAGGGACUGACAAGGCGGCCACGUCUAGCGAUAACAUGGCAAUCGACCCCCCUUCAGCAGAUUCCGAUGACUCUUCAGACGAAAUGUCCAUUAUCAAGAUAAUCGACCCAACCACACCAGAAGACAGAGGUCUGUUACACGACAUAUCCAACCUAACUGCCCUCCGUCUGCUCAACGACGUCGAUAUUCGCCCCUCACCCGACCGGCCUCCUGGAACGAAACCAAUAUCUCCACCCAACCCCUUGGUUGAUCAAGGAGGCUGGCAGGAAAUAUACUUUGGAAAAAAUAUCUGGAUCUAUGACUCGCGUUCCAAUCUCGACGAAUGUGUUCGCGUUAUAAGUCAAGUGGGGGAUAUCUACGGAACCGCUACUGGGGACAGUUGGCGGGCUCGCGUCACUCACAUCUGUGAACUGCAAUUCAAUAUGUCGUACCUUGGGAUGAAAGUUGACUUUGGAGGUCUUGAUAGGUGGGACUAUGGUGAAAGGCAGCGGAACUUGAAAGAAGCCGCCAUCGUAUAA